GACGUCAAAAUCUGUCGAUGAUGGCAACACGGAAUGGUGGAUAGAGUGUUGUCAUAAAAAAAUCCCGUGCAGCUCCGUGUAAAAUAAUUACUUAAUUUUGUCCCCAAAAGGGCCCCCGUCGUGUAAAAUACUUACUAUCGUCGCGUGUGCCCCGUAGCCACCGACACGUGUGCAUGGCCGUGAAGUCGGUGGAGGGAAUGUGCUUAUGAUUGUGGCCUGAUUUAUUUUCCUCAUCUCGGUUUUUUUUUUCUCUUCCUACCUUCCACUCAUUUGAUGUUCUAUCUUGGAAGAAUUUUCUGAAAUAUAUCCACUUAGUGCAUCAUUUAUGUUGGGGACUCUAUUGGCGCCACUUUGUUGGGCACUGUGCUAAGAGGGCGGGAGAAUGCAGACGUCGAUAAAGCAAGAGAACCAGCAGCACAGUCCACUGAAGAUUGUGUCAAUUGGAACGGCCGGAAGUGGGAGUGGGAAUGCUUUUGAGGAGGAUAUUCCUAUGAAGUACGAGGAGAAGCCACUGCUCCUCAAUGUGGAACUUUGCCUUGUGUGCGGUGACAGAGCGUCCGGACGCCACUAUGGCGCUAUAAGUUGUGAAGGAUGCAAGGGCUUUUUCAAACGAUCCAUCCGGAAACAGCUGGGGUAUCAGUGCCGUGGUACCAUGAACUGCGAAGUCACCAAGCACCAUAGGAAUCGUUGCCAGUACUGUCGACUGCAGAAGUGUCUUGCCUGUGGGAUGCGCAGUGACUCCGUUCAGCACGAACGAAAGCCCAUCCUUGACAAGAAGGAAUCACCUGGUCUGGGCAAUAGUUCAGGGGGAACAAGUGCAAUGGGGGGUGCAUCAACAAGUCCGGGUAGCGUGGGAUCCAAUAAUCAGCCCACAAUGAGCGGAAAUGCAAGACCAUCAUCGUCAAGUCCCAAUUAUCUUUUCUUUCGGCCACCCAAUGACUUCACCGAACCCAAUUUCCCCAGUAUGAUGUUCCCCGUUGGAUUCAACUUCAAUGACCUCAAGGCAACUCUUGGACAGAGAGCAUUUUUGCAGCAGAGUGGUGUCUUCCCAAAUCAUCCUAUUUCGACCCCAUCCACAAGUGGAUUGCAACAAGAUGAUGAGGCAUCCAAUGAUAACAAUCCACCAAAUAGUAUCUUCACAACGGCAAUCAACACACUUUCGAGCCUAACUGCCACCAGUUCAGCUGAUUUUCUCCAGGCCGCUAUCAAUAAGCACACAAUUGCCGAGUCACUAGAGCUCAUCACGAACCUCCCAUUUGAGAUGAAUGCCAAUGGUGCGCGAGAUUUCACGAAGCACGAACCGUCCGGAGGUACACCGGCGUCUACGGAUAACAGUAGCCCAAGUGGCGAUGGGAGUUCAUCACCAACAGCCACUACGGCCAUCAGUAUCGAUCCCAGUGACCUGGAUCCACUCAUCCCUGAGCCCUGUGUCCCAUUUUCCCUGCAGAUACCCAAUGUGGUGCCGGCGUACUUAAAUCUACACUAUACCUGCGAGACGGGAUCGCGGCUGCUGUUCUCGUCAGUGAUAUGGGUGAGUAAGUUGCCCGUCUUCCGGUCCCUGCCUGACGACUGCCAGGUGCAGAUACUCCGUUCGUGCUGGACAGAGCUGUUUGUGCUGGGUUUGGCACAAUCAGCACCACAACUCGCCUUCUCCACCAUAGUCACAUCCCUGGUCAAUUGCUUCAAGGCGGCUGUGGUUCAGGAGAAACUCACUGCGGCACGCAUCAAGCUGAUGGCCGACAAUAUUUCAAGACUGUGUGAUUUUGUACAAAACAUUCAGCGAAUCGGUGUGGAUGACUAUGAAUUUGCAGUACUUCGACUUCUACUGCUUUUCAGCACAGAUAACAUCCGCCGGGAACCAAUGCGUCAUUCAACGUCUCUGGAGGGAAUUCAGGAUAUCGCCUGUCGUUGCUUGCGUGUCCACAUCGACCAAAGUCACCAUCCGUCUCAGUCGGAUCGUUUCGCCAAAUUGUUGCUCAAAUUACCCGCUUUAAGGACGUUCAAUGCAAAUACAAUGGAGGACCUGUUUUUCGCCAAUCUAAUUGGGCAAGUGCAAAUUGACAAUGUUAUCCCCUAUAUUUUAAAAUUGGGGGUAGCCAGUGGGGUUCGUAUCAUUUUUUUACUUCUAUUUAUAUUGUCUUUAUUUUUUUUUGAUUUUUCUUUUGUUUAAUUUAUCUUUUCUAUUGUUGUUUUCUUUUUGUAUAUUGAUUUUCACAAAAUAUUUCUCUUUUUUUUCUCCCCAUCUCGUGUUCAUCGUGGAUGCCCAAAUGCAGAUUAAAUCCGAAACAACUUGAUUGUUGAAAUUGUCUUAUUUUUACAUUUACAACAUAUUUUAAUAAGUAUAUUAUUAAUAAAAUGCUAUUUUAAAAGAGACAGAGAGAGGAAAAAAGUGAGAAAAUAUUAUCGAUAAAAUAUAUUUCUUAAUAUAAUUUUUUUUUUUAAAGAAAAAAAACCUUUAAUCAAAAUUAACUUAAUUUGUUUUGUAAAAGCAAUUAUUUUUUCUUCUUUCAAAAAUGAGUUGAAAAUGGUUUUCUUUUUAAAUGAUACGACAAAGUAACAAAAUAAAAAGGUGUCUGUUAAAUGUGCCUUUGAGAUGCAAAAUUUUCAUGUUUUUUUACAUAAUCUUUUAGAGAAAGAGUUUUAUAUAAAAAAAAAGAUUUUUGAAAAGUGUUGAAAAGGAUUAAAAAUAGUAUUAAAUUUGAGUAUUAGAUGUUAGAAGAGGAAUAAAAAUUCUUAGAAAAAAAAACAAUAGUUCUUUUUGAGAAGAAAUUUUUGUCCUUUUUAUGCUUAGAACAAAUUUUAAAAUUAAAAAAAAAGAAAUUACACAUUGAAAAGUGAGAAAAUAAAAUAUUUGUUUCUUCCUAAACAAAAAA